CGCCCAAGACUCCGCCCAGAUGUACUGCCGCUCCCUGUUGGCGUCACUUCCGCUAGCGCCCAUGCGCAGUCGAUAAGGAAACCGGACGCUGCCGCGACUUUCCUUUUUCCUGGCGGCCGCGAAGAUGGCGGACAUUCAGACCGAGCGUGCCUACCAGAAGCAGCCGACCAUCUUCCAAAACAAGAAGAGGGUCCUGCUUGGAGAAACCGGCAAGGAGAAACUGCCAAGAUACUACAAGAACAUUGGUUUAGGCUUCAAGACUCCAAAGGAGGCCAUUGAGGGCACCUACAUUGACAAGAAAUGCCCUUUCACGGGUAAUGUCUCCAUCCGAGGGCGCAUCCUAUCUGGUGUGGUGACCAAGAUGAAGAUGCAGAGGACCAUUGUUAUCCGACGCGACUAUCUCCACUACAUCCGGAAGUACAACCGCUUUGAGAAGCGUCACAAGAACAUGUCCGUGCACCUGUCCCCUUGCUUCAGAGACGUGCAAAUUGGAGACAUCGUCACGGUGGGCGAGUGUCGGCCUCUCAGCAAGACUGUGCGCUUCAAUGUGCUCAAGGUGACCAAGGCGGCUGGAACCAAGAAACAGUUCCAGAAAUUCUGAGCCCCGCACAAUAAAGAUCUUUUUUAUUCGUG